AUGAAGAUAGUCUGUUUAAUAUUAUUAAUAUUCUCACUAUUUGAUGUUACAACAUCCACUAAAUAUGAGUGUAAUCGUCGAGCAACAUGUGGUUGUUCAAAAUGGGCAACAGCUAGUUUAUCAAGAAUAAUUGGUGGUGAACCAGUAAAUGUAACGAAUCCAUGGCGAUGGAUAGGAUCUUUAAGGAAAGAUGGUUUUCAUCAAUGUGGUGCUACUCUUAUUUCUCCAAUGCAUGCUAUAACAGCAGCACAUUGUGUUAAAUAUGUCAGAUCACUAUCCAGUUUAUCACUUAUGUUUGGUAUAACUAAUUUAACAGAUAUUGGUGAAUUACGGAAGAUAGUACAAAUGUAUAUUCAUCCAUCGUAUGAUCAAACAUCAUCUGCAAAUGAUUUAGCUAUAUUACGUCUUGAUUCACCAAUCAAUUUAAUUGAUUCAAAUGUAUCUCGUAUAUGUUUACCAUCAUCAUAUGAAUUUGAUUUAUCAUUAGCUGAAUAUCCACCUGUAGCAUCAGAUCUUGUUGCAAUUGGUUGGGGUGUAACAGAACCUUUCUCACGAAUACCUUCACCUGUACUUCGACAAGUGACUGUUCAGGCUAUCUCACGAAACGAUCAAUCCUGUGCAAAUACAAUUAAUGAUGAUACUGUACAAUUUUGUGCUGGUUCUCCUGAGGGUGGAAAAGAUACAUGUCAAGGUGAUAGUGGUGGACCAUUGAUGCUUUUUAAAGAUCGACGAUGGCAAUUAGUAGGUAUCACAAGUUAUGGAGACAUCUGUGGAUCACCUGAGCAUCCUGGUGUUUAUACCCGAGUUGCUCUUUAUAUUUCUUAUAUCAACCAAAUAAUUGAUGCUGAUUUUAAAUUCACUGGAAAUACUAAACAAUUAACAGAAACAAAAUCAUCACGUGCAAAUAGUAUAACUUUGUAUGGAACAUUCAUAAUUCAAAUUUUUUUUAUUUGUUUGUAUCUUGUUCAUAAAAAAGUAUUUUAUCAGAAUUAA